UGCUCGGGCUGGCCAUGGAGCGACUGGAGUCCUGCGCCGGUCCCGGGGACGCUGCUCUCCUGCCGGAACUGGACGAGACCAAACUCCUGGAACUUCUAAAGAUGCGCUUCCUGGAGCGGAAUAUCUAUACCUACAUUGGAGAUAUUCUUGUUGCAGUGAACCCCUUUCAGGACCUGCCAAUUUAUGGUACCGAGGUUUCAGACAGAUUCAGCUCACAGCCCCUCACGUCUCUACCUCCUCACAUUUUUGCUGUGGCCGAUCGCACAUACAGUGCCCUGCAAGGUGGAACACAAAGCAUCCCCAGGAACCAGUGCAUCGUAAUAAGUGGUGACAGCGGAGCCGGUAAGACGGAGAGCACCAAACUUUUACUCCGACACCUGGUGAGACGCAGCAGAGGAAACAUCCAGCUGGGGCAGCAGAUCCUACAGGUUAAUCCGUUGUUGGAGGCAUUCGGUAACGCUCAAACUGUAAUGAACCAAAACAGCAGUCGAUUCGGAAAAUAUAUCCAGUUGAGGUUUAGAGAUGGUGCUGUUCGAGGAGCUAAAAUUAAUGAAUAUCUCCUGGAGAAAUCUCGUGUCUCUCAUCAAGAUGAUGGCGAAAAGAACUUUCACAUAUUUUACUCCAUAUUGUAUGGAAGCAGCGAAGAGGAGAAGAAUCUGAUCGGACUCCUCGACCCAUCAUUGUACAGGUAUAUCGGCAGAGACUGCACAGAGCCUGAUCGCUGGCACGUUGGUUAUCAAAAAGUAUGUAACGCUAUGAGGAUGGUCGGUUUCACCGAACAGGAAGAACUGGAUCUGAAAGUUGUCCUUUCUGGAAUCCUGUCAGUUGGAAAUAUAGUGUUUGAGCCUGAGGAUUCGGGGGGCGUUGUAGUGUCUCCUUUGGCCAUCGGGUGGCUAAAGGCGGCAGCGGGCCAGUUUGGGGUGCAGGAGGAGGAUUUGUUAAACUGCUUGAUUUGUACAAUAUCUUUGACCAGAGGUGAAUCCAUCCGAAGACUACACAGCAAACAACAAGCAGAUGACUCCCGGGACUCCAUUGCCCGCGUUGUGUAUGCCCGUAUGUUUGGGUGGAUAGUUACUAAGGUUAACGAAUUACUUCUUGGUGACCUGAAUAUGAAGGAAGACACACAGGAAAUUGGCAUAUUAGAUAUUUUUGGCUUUGAAAAUUUUUCAGUGAAUCGAUUUGAACAGCUGUGCAUCAACCUUGCGAACGAGCAGCUACAACACUUUUUCAAUCAUCAUAUCUUCCAAAUGGAGCAGCAACAUUAUCAAGAAGAGGGGAUUGACCAGGAGAAUGUGACCUUCAAUAAUAACCAAUCCAUAUUGGAAUUGUUUCUGGCACGACCUUGGGGAGUUCUGUCCCUGCUUGACGAGCAAAGUUCUUUUCCACAGGCUUCCGAUAUCUCGUUUGUGGAGAAGCUCACAAGUGGCUGCAAAUCUAAUCCUUGCUUUGAGCGAGCUCGUGGAAAGGAUCCGGGGUUCGUUAUUCAUCACUAUGCAGGAAAGGUUCACUAUACAGCUGUUGGGUUUCUUGAAAAGAAUCGAGAUACACUCCCCAUGAAUGUCCAAAGUCUCUUCAUGAACAGUGUGACCUCUUUGCUAAGUGUCCUUUUCACAGCCAGUAUUUCCAGAACUGGAACCCUGACACCCAUGCAGAGAGCCAAGGUUCAGGUCGCACAGGAGAGAUUUCCCUCUCGGAAAAUGUCUGUGGGAGCUCAAUUUCGGCAAUCACUCUCCGUUCUCAUGGAGAAGAUGUAUUUGUCCAGCCCUCACUUUAUUCGAUGCAUCAAACCUAACAACAAAAAGGAUCCAUUGGUUUUUGAGACAGAACUAGUCCUAAAUCAGCUCCGAUACAAUGGCUUAAUGGAGACUGUACGAAUCCGCAGAGAUGGCUUCUCUUGGAGGCCCUCCUUCCAGGAAUUUGUUGGCCGGUUUGGAAUUCUUCUUUUGAGACCUAAUGUGGAUUUGAGCAAAGAGAGCUGUCUGGAGAUUCUACAGAGAACACAUGUGACUGGCUGCCAAUUCGGGAAGAAGCGCCUAUUCUUUAAAUACUGGCACCAGGACCAAUUAACACACUGUGUACUAAAGCUGAUACGAGCGGCUGUUGUUUUCCAAAAGUGUUACAAGACUUUGUGCUGCCGCAGAAAAUACAGAAAGCUACUUCAAAACCUGAAACUUCAACAGGAGAAGCAAAUCGCUCAGGAGGAGGCUGAGAGCGAACACAAGAGACAGGAAGCCCGGUCUGCCAACCGUCCAGUUCCCAUUCCACGAAAACGAGCUCCCCCAGCUAAGCCUUGCUCUGUGUCAGAAGCCACCUCAACAGAGCCACCAGUACCACGUCCAAGGAGCCGUCUUAUCGAGCUCUCUCCAUUUGAUAAUCCGAAACCUGCUAUUACUCGGGCUCGUCGCAAUGCAUCACAGGCAAAGGACGGAGAGAAGAAGAUGAUGCAGAGACGCAAAACUUUGCUCUGGUUCCGAGACACGCAAGCCCAGAAGGUGCUAACUGACGGAGAAUACCCACCAUGGCUGCAUGGCAUGAUAUCUCGCAGGGAAGCUGAGAAUUUAUUGACUGAGAAGCAUUUAGGCGAUUUUCUUAUUCGGAUCAGCCAGAACCGCGCUGGAUAUAUUCUGAGUUACAAGGGACAGUCUCACUGCAGACAUUAUAUGAUCGACGUGCAGUCUAAUGGCUGUUAUGUCAUCAUAGGAGAGAACAUUGCUCACAGUACCCUGAAUGCGUUAGUGCAAUAUCAUCAACAGACUGGCAUCCUGCCAUACGGUGAAACCCUGGGUGGGCCCUGUAACAAGGUUAGCAAGUGGGAGCCAGACACUGAAGAGUUGAAAUUUCUUACUAGGACAUUGUCACUAGGGGAUGAGAAUGCACCUUCUCCACGAGGGUCACAGAGCGAAUCUAGCCCACUGCAUUCAGAUUAUUCCUCACAUGAGGAUUUCAUGAGACCACUGGCUGAGGAAUCUCGCCGGCACCCACAUCUCUACAGGUCAAUCCGGCUCGCAAUGCGUGAAAUUCAGCAGGCCUCUUCUCAAUUUACAAGCAACACCGACCUGACCAACAAGGAACACAACUGAAGAAGAGAAGUGAAGCGUCUGCCAUAACGAGUUGACUGUGCUGUCAUAAAGCCACGUGUUCAGGAUAAAGCCACCAGGGAGGUGGCCACGUGUCUGGUAUAAUGCCACCAGAUAGAUGGCCACGUUUCUGUGGUAAAGCCACCAGGUAGGUGGCCAUGUUUCUGGGGUAAAGCCACCAAGUAGGUGGCCUGGAAAGUAAGUGACAUGGAAGGAAAGAUUUCUAUUUUAUAAUUUUCAGAAUAAAAAAAAAAUGUGAAUCAAAUGAAACUUAAAUAAAAUGAUCAAGCAGUCUUAAAAGUG